CCGGCGACCAAUUACGUAUACACGUUGGUUACUCCCUUGAAUCUGUAACUCGUCACUUAACUCGAGGCAUCUUCUUUCAACCCUCGAUCUAAUUGAAUUUGACUUAUCAAUUACCGUAUCGUCCAACAACUCUACAAAAUAUCUAUCAUCCUUGAGUCGAUAAGGACGACGCUAGAAAGGACCCUCGACAGGCUCGACAUGCUCCAUAAAUUGAGAAGCUCCCGCGCCACCACUUAAACGUUGCUCAAGCUCCCUUUGGUCUCGCACGUCUCGUCUUCGAAUAUCGGUCUGCUUUCUUCCAACGUCGCCUCUACGUAUCUUGCCGUAACACGCCGAAGCUUCCGCGGCGACCACCGACACAAUAAUCAUGAGGUUCCUGACGGGACUGCUCGUGUUGGGCAUGUCCCUUUGGACAACCCAAGCUUAUGAGAUUGGACUGAGCGAGAAGGAGGGCUAUCAAGAAUACUGUACCGGCAUGUACAGCAAGACCUCAUGGGGUGGACCCGUUGACCCAUUCAUCCUCGUCAAGUUCCUCAACACCAGCAACUCCGAUGUCAAGGAUCCGAUUGCGAGUCUGGUGAUAUUUGAGUGGAAGGACCGAAAUCUUGUUGGAAUCCCUGAUCCGAAUACUCCCGGCAACCGACUUGGCGUCUGCGGUGACGAUUUCGUCAAGCAAGGUUACUGUAACAAGACCGAUAUUGGCAAAUUCAUCCUGCAUCCCGAUGUCGACAAGAAGUCUUCGAGCGUGGUUCUCACAAAGGCUGUCCACCUCAACGAUGCGGCUCCAAUCAACUAUGCUAUCAAGAAGACCGGAUACUACUGCGUUCUUACAGAUGUGGUCAACACAAAGAAGUACGACCUAGUAGUCGAAUAUCGCAACGCUUAUGGCGAGCUGGAGGCAACCCAGAUUCCCAAGUUGCCCUUCUAUGGUGGCAUGAGUAUCUUGUAUGCUCUCCUUGCUGCCUACUGGGGUUUCUUGUACUAUCAGCACAGGCAUGAUAUCUUGGCUGUGCAAAACUACAUCACGGCCAUUCUCAUUUUCCUGGUGGUGGAAAUGCUCAUAACAUGGGGUUUCUAUGAAUACCAGAACCGUCAUGGCUCGAAUGUUGGCUCAAAGGUUUUCCUUACCAUUGUUGGAAUUCUUAACGCUGGCCGAAACUCAUUCUCGUUCUUCUUGCUGCUCAUUGUCUGUAUGGGCUAUGGUGUCGUGAAGCACACCCUCGGUAGGACCAUGAUUAGGGUGCGAUGGCUUGCAGCGGCCCACUUCCUGUUCGGACUGGUCUACUCACUGACUUUCCUCUCCAUCACCCCUGAGACAGCUGGCCCAUUCGUGCUUCUGAUCGUCCUACCCCUGGCGGGCACACUGACUGCCUUCUAUGUCUGGACACUCAACUCACUCAACUGGACACUCAAGGAUCUCCGCGAGCGAAAGCAGCACGCAAAGGAAGCCAUGUACCGAAAGCUCUGGUGGGCCAUCCUCAUCAGUGUCAUGGUCAUCUUUGGUUUCUUCUUCUUCAACAGCUUCACCUUUGCCUCAGCCAGCGAUCCCGACUUUGUUCCUUUCCACUGGAAGACACGAUGGUUCAUCCUCGAUGGCUGGCUGAACGUUGUCUACUUUGCUGACGUCGCAUGGAUCGCCUACCUUUGGCGUCCUACUUCCAACAACCGCCGCUUUGCCAUGAGUGAUGAGAUUGCUCAAGAUGACGAUGGCAACUUUGACCUUGGCGAUAUCGGUGUUCCAGGAGAAGACUCGGAUGACGAGGACGUCGAAGUGGGCAAGACUCGCAACGACUCAAGCAACGCCAAUGGCCUCUCCUUUUCAAGUGCGUCGCAGAGCAGCGCUCAACCACCCAGAAACAUUACUCGUACCGCUCCUCGUGAGUCACUAGAGAAUGAGACCAUUUUUGCUAUAGGCGAGGAUGGCGACAAAUUUUCAGACGAUGGAAGUGACGAAGAGGACGCAAAGCUUGUGAAAACGAAGUAAGAGGAGGAUGACAAUUGGCUCACGCUAAAUCUGCAUGCGAUCAAAGUUGGGCGCACAUCCUUUUUGUGUAAUUGUAGGGUUGUCGGAGGGAUCAAAUCUUACUGAUGAAUGAACCGAGUUUUCGAUUAAGCAACGUUUCCUUGCGUGGGUAGUGAUGCGUGUAGUAUAUGGGCUUUUGGUUUUGGAAAGAUCAUAGUUGUCGUAUAAGGAUACAAUGGUUUGAUCAAUUUACAUACUGUUACAAUAUCGUUUCAGAUUUGCCUCUCCUAAAGCAUCGUGAUGCAGUACAGCGGCCGGGCAAUGUCUGUUAUUAACCCAAGACGUCACCCCCAAACCCAACUGGUCGUCUUCGACCGUCAUUCUCAGGCAGGAUAGCCAAUGCCUUAUACAGUUUCCCCAUGCCGUCAGGGCCCUUAUCAACAAGGCGCUUCCAGGCUCCGUCGAUCUUAUCAGCAGUCUCUUUGUCGACGCCCGGCGCCUUGGUCAAUUGUUCAGCACGCUCUCGGAUGCCCAUCAACUCAAGGAAGUCACCCUGAUUGACGGGUCCAUGGACUUCCACGCCUUCACUCGCUGACAUGGCCACUUCAGCGAUGGCAGUGAAAUCGACAUCUGCACUCAAGUCGACCAGACCAGGCGCAGAAAAGGGAUUCACUCGCUUGUGGUGUCGGAUGCCGCGAAGGGAGUUGAUAGGGACGGUGUCUGACGUUCCGUAAUCAAGAAUAAGGGCAGCACCGCUGGGCUUAGUCUUGCGAUACUGUUCAGAACCGCCGAUACGAGUUGCAAAGUCUGUAGCGAAGAUGGACGCAUCUGGGCAGACUUCGAUGACGGAAUUGGGCAUAUUCUUGAGCUUGCGGUACCUUGUUGAGGUCUCAGGGAGAAAACGAGAGUGGCGAGUAGGCGUGGAUGAAAGUGUAAGCUGGAACUCAGGAGGCGGCUCAUCUUGCUGUGAUUUCGGUGUUCCAAGUUGAGCGUGAGUGACGCCCGGCGGUGUUGGCGAGACCAUCAUUUCUCGCCAUUCCAUAGCGGGUUUGGUGUUCUCGGGUGGUGGUUGAGCAGGCGAAGUCGGUGAAGAUGCCUUUGGCUGGGGAGGAGGAGCUGAAGCGGAUUGGAAGCUGUGAAUAGGGAGAGCAUCAAAGAACUCGUGAGCGAUUAUGAAGGGCAUUUUGUCAGCUUC